UGGUAAGCUUGUCGCUUAGGCCUUAUCUACCGGGUGAAGCUACAUAGAAAUCUGCAUCCAUGUUAUCGCGCUCUCUCUGUCUUUUAUAACUUGAAUGAUCGAGCCCAAUUUCAACAUCAGCGCCUGCUGGACCUUGGUGGACGUCAUUCUUGACACGCCCACUCGAUCCUUGCCGUUAACUGUCACCUGAUCCUCAACAACAACGUCAACAACAACCAGCGAGAGCCAAACCAAACCAACAAUCACAAUGACCAACGACAUUCCCACGCCGCCAUCAACCAGCCUAUCUGACCCGCCAUCACCGACAGAAUUACCAGAGUACGUGACAUAUCGACGUCCAUCUAACAAUCCAUUCAAUUAUCCACCCCCACUAGACGAGCUGGGUGACGCAGCCAAAAUGGUCCCCACCGGUACAUCCAUUAUCAAAACCACAAUGACGACCAUAGUGCCCGUCACAUUUCAUCCCAAACCUAUCUAUGUGGUAGUUGCGACCGCCUUGAAUCCACCUAUGGGUAUUGGAAUCCGUGGUGGGCUGCCGUGGAAGAGUAUCAAGGGUGAUAUGGCCUUCUUUCGCAACCUGACAAGUCACGUGCCUACGUCCAAGCCCGGUAGCGACAGUGACACGCGCAGCAUGAACGCGUUGAUCAUGGGCAGGAAGACAUGGGAAAGCAUCCCUCAGAAGUUUCGACCUUUGGCUGGCCGACUCAAUGUCGUAGUCACCAGGACAAAGGCCAAAGAAUUGGCAGGAAGAAUGCUCGACCAACUGCAGCAGUCCAAUCCCUCGACUCCAUGGGAAGUGCGAGACUUGAUUCUCUCGACGACGACACAAACUCCUCACGACCCUUCAACAUCACCGACACAACCACCACAAGCCGCCCCUCAGGUUCAAUCUACAAGUGUGCUCCUAAGUCCAUCUCCAGCCAACACGGCAAAUACGGCAGUGCUAGUGACCACCACUCUACACAGCAUCCUCACUCUCCUAUCGUCCAACGAACCUCUAGUCGGGACCAACAUCACCACUCAUAAAAUCUUCUGCAUGGGCGGCGCCGAACUAUACGCUCAGACGCUCGCUCUCUCCCACGGCACGACACUCGAUUCCACCAGCGACCACAACGAACCUCACGACGCUGCAACCUCAACAAGCAUCCGCCCAACUUCAAUCGCCGGCUCAGACGCCAAUUCCGAGGCCGACGCACCGGCAUUUGACAUUCGCAUCUUACAAACACAAGUCCACAAACUCACCGGCGACCCAUUCGAGGUCGACACCUACUUUCCCCAAGACCUGUCUUUCAGUUCAAUCCACAGUCCAUGGAGAGAAGUCAGUCAAAAGACACUGGACAGUUGGGUCGACGGAGUGACCAUUCCCGCCCCUCAACCAAAAACAUCCUCCCAACCUACCGGCCAUGAUGGCGGCGAAAAUGCCAAUCCUGAUCAUGAAGAUGAAGAUGAGUAUGAUGGUUGGGUUAGGGAUGAAACCGCAGGCGUUGAAUUUCGGAUUGCUGGAUGGGAGAGGCGGUGAAAUCGGCAUUCACUGAUGUUGUUUCCUAGUCUCGCCAUUUCAACAAUGAUACCCAUUUCAGAUCUGAUUGACGCUUCGCACUGGAAGGAAAAAUAGGCCAGUUGUGCGUCAGAUGAGUGUCUCCUCUCUACUAUCCUAGAGACGGACUUUGAGCAAGACAAUGGCACAUGACCACAUUUCUGUGCCACUCGGCUUCCUGUCCAGAAAGAGUGAGACCCAACAAUGUUCAUUCCCCAUCGCUGGGGGAUCAGGAAUUAUGACAAGGCACAGAGCACGACGCACACGUGUACGAACACACCCACAAGAAUACGUUGGUCAUAACGAGAAGGAAGAGACAGGACGCUUAGGGAGUGAAAUGACAUCCACUGGAAAGGAAAGAUGUUUUCAUGAUCUUGGCUGAGGUCUCGUGGCAUUAUACCCAUAUAUGUGUUUGACCAGACGAAAUGAAAGAGCUCAAUAGUCGUCGUGCGAAUUCGUCAAUCCCUUUAUUGAUCGAAGAAUUCAAAUCUGAUGAAUCAAUAAUCAUCCGACCCAGCCUCACGACGUUUCUCAGCCCCUCGUUGCUGUAACUUAUCACUAUUGAAAAGCCCUCCAGCCUUUUCGAGCAAUUUUCCUGCCGUGGAAUCGUUACUGUUGUCACCGCCGGUGCCGCUGCCACCGUAGCCAUCGUCGCCCUGUGCUGUGCGUCCAGAUGUGGCUCCGCCACCGCCAUAGCCCGUAUUGUCGUCAUCAUUGCCGCCACCACUAUAUCCAGUGGUACCGGUGGAACUACCGUAGGAAUCAUCGUUGCCUGUUUGGGGUGACAAUUAGGGAUGUCAGUAAGUCAAUCAACCAGUCAUACAACUUGACUCGAUUCGAGUGGACUUGACUCACCGCCAUAUCCUCCUCCGGUACGUCCACCACCAGAGGUAUUGAUAUCAUCGUCACCACCGAAUCCUCCUCCUGACCCUCCUACUCCACCACCGGCUCCUCGACCAGAUGAGAUAUUAUCAUCAUCUCCAUAACCUUGUCUUGUGUUCCCAGAUCCAGUUCCAGAGCCAAUCCCACUAUCAUCACCAUAGCCGCUACCACCACCACCAUAACCUUGCCCUGUUGAUCGACUAGAGCCAUAACUAUCAUCGUCUCCGACCCCACGAGAGGAUCCAUAAGCAUCGCCGCCACUACCUCCUACACCAUCACUGGUGGUUUGAUCGUCCUGACCAUAUCCAGAAGAGUCGCCUCUACCACCAGUACCAGUACCAGUACCGGCGAAGUUAUCGUCUCCACCGCCGAAGCCAGUGCCGGAGCCGGUGCCGGUGCGAUCGCUUGACUAGAUUGAUAAAUGGAGGUGGUUAGUCAUGGAAUGGAUCGGGGAAAAGGUUUAUUACUUACACCGUAACUAUCACCGCCACCGCCGUAACCGCCGUACCCGCUAUCGUCUUGUCGAGAAGAGCCCUGGGGAAAGAUUGUCAGACAUGGGAUCUUGUAUAUUGGAUCAGAUGGGUGAGUGAUCUAGAAGUGAUCUGGACGGGUGGAAUGAGGUUAAUACGUACAUAGCUGUCACCGCUACCGUCAUUGGAGCCAUAGCCUCGGCGUUGCUGGUGUUGUCGGUUAGUGAUAGGUACUGGGAGUGGUCCAAAGCUCAAAAAGCAUGAUUGAAGAUGGGAGGGCUGCGUACAGUGUCGUUGUCGUCGUCGUUGUAAGACAUGUUUGUCGGGGACUUGUUCUCAGGGAGGAUGGAACGUAAUACAAGACUCGGAUGGGAAGGGAGAUUUCGAAAGUCACUUUGUAGACAGACAAGAGGAGGAGUUCGCAGGUAAUGAAACAGUAUUAAACAUUUGGGAGAGCUUAG